AUUCCACAUGACUUCUCAGUACGAUCGUUGUCAACAUCUUGAACCAUAUUGCUCUUCGGAAAGAAAACGAAGUCGUCAAUUUACCUUAGUUUCGAACAGAAAAGCGACUUAAACAUAUUCUGAGCAAUAUUAUUCGAUAAUAUUGUUCGAUAAGUAUAGUUCUUUAUUAGAAGCGUGAAUGACAAACAACGAUUGAAGUUAUUAAAGAGUGCCGAAUUGCAUCAGAAAAUAAAAAAUAUCUUUAUCAAUUUUUAAUAUCUUCUUAAACAUUUAUUGUAAAUGUUUACAAGAUCACACUACAAGAUUACAAAGUAUUGAGACUUAAGCUUAAACUUCAUCGGAUUAUCCAACAAUUGAAUAAUUUUUCAAAAUAUAAAAUUAUCGUUGGAUUACUUCUUCUCGCAAGUUAGUUGCUUGAUUAAUCAGAGCAACCAUUCAAUUAGUGAUUCAAGAAAGACAAACUAAGUAGUCUCAAUAUUCAUUCCUAUUAAAGAAUGAGAGGAACGUUGGUAAUCAUAUUCGUUUUGAUGGUCUUAACUGUUCAUUCGCCGGUGGAGGGGAAGAUAUUCGGACGAUGCGAAGCCGUAAAAGAACUGCAAAAAGCUAAAGUCAGUAGGACCUUCUUCAGCAACUGGAUCUGUCUGAUGGAAAGCGAAAGUGGGAUGAACACCGCACUGGUAACUGGUCCAAAAACAGCCUCCAGCUAUUCUUAUGGUAUUCUUCAGAUCAACAGUAACAAAUGGUGUGCCAGAGGACGUACAGGUGGCAAAUGUAAUAAGCGCUGCGAAGAUUUCCUGAAUGAUGAUAUACAGGACGAUAUUAUGUGUGCCAAGAAAAUCGUCGAUCAGGAUGGAUUCAAGGCUUGGAAUGGAUGGAUGAAAAAGUGCAAGAACAAACCACUACCAGACAUUUCAAAAUAAAGCGUUAAUAUGUUCUUCGAGAAUGUCAAAUACUCGUGAAUGCCAUGGGAUAUUUGCAAUAAUAAGCUGAAGUGGGGUGAGAUCGUGAUGCAAUACGCAACAGCGGAAAGCGAAAAGCGAAAUGACGGUUUUAUCGCGGCUUGUAUUUUUUAUAAUUAACGUUAGUAAAUAGCGCAUAUCGCUCAAGCUCAAGGUUAUCUGCGAUUAUCCGCGAUGUUAGCGGCAGACGUCGCGUUUAUAAGACGGAUUUCCGCGUGAAUCCUCAGUGCAAUCGUUGUCAACAUCUUGUGCUACAUUACGCAUCGGAAAAAAAACGUGAGAUUAAUUUAUCUCAGUUUUACGAAGCGGAUUAUUAUUAUAAACAUCCUGAGGAGCCGGAUAUUACGCAAGCAUAAUUCUUUAUCAGAAGCGG